AUGCAGUUUGUUCUCGAGGACCUUUUCGAGUCUGCUCCUCCUGCUAUGACACAUAGAGAUAUGGAUGACAUGUUUGAUGAUUACCUUAAUUAUCUGAUACAAGAUGAGGCACGAAGUACCAUAGUUCCUAGCGAGUGGAAUGCUGCAGAUGACUACAUCCAAUGUGCUGAUCCCUUCCUCCUGCAACAACUGAUCGAGGAAUCCACCCGCGAGGCAGCAAAUCGUCGCCGGCAGGGAGGAAAUCGGCAUACCCCCGCCGGGCAAAGGGGGCCCGGGCACGAGACCUCACCACCUGGGAGGCAGCAGAUCCGUAGCAUCCAGCAGCUGCAGGGCCUCCAACAGGUUCAGAAUGUUGACCACGUUCCUCCCGAGGGACACGUUCAAAAUGGGGAUGACGAGCAGAUCCGAACACACAAUGGGCCAGAACGUGCCCAGAAUGUGAAUGAGACCGACCCCAGAGACGGGCAUGCUGCUUCCUCAUUCACCCACACCUCCGAAAGGCGGAGAGCCCGUCAUGGAGAAGAAGAGGAGCUGCUCAACGUUCCCGAGGACGCUGACCCCAUCACCGUCCGCCUGCUCAAAGAAAUACAAUUGACAAACAGCCUCCUCCGAAUUCAGGAUGACCGAAUUCACGAGCUGGAAAGACAGCGACGACGUCGCUCCCCUCCGAGGAAGCACUACAGGUCACGCUCCUAUUCCUCCUCGCGCUCACCACCAAGGAGGUACCGCCGGCGUUCCCCAUCCUCUUCAAGGUCUCCACCAAGAAGAUAUCGCCGCCGGAGGACACGUUCCCGCUCUCCGCCAAGAAAGAGCAAGAAGAACCAGAGGCCAGAAGCCACUGAAGCGAGAAGCCCCUCCCCCGAACAGGAUCAUCGGGGCCCUUCCAAAGCUGCACCGAAACCUGGCGAACGUCCCCCUCGGGACAACCGUACCAGUUCGGACGAUAACCAAGGAAAACCCCGGCGAAACAGACACUACACUUCACCGGGACCAAGCGACGAGGAGGACUUUCGCAGCCCCUUGUCCGGCACUGCCCGACCCCCACCGAAAACAAAUGGACCAUCUACGUGGACGGCGCUUCGAGCACCUCAGGGAGUGGAGCCGGCAUUAUCCUGGAGAAUGAAGAGGGGCUCAUCAUCGAAGUAUCCUUGA